CUGGGGGUUUGAAACGCUUGUAAACAAAGAACGUUACGUUGCGGAAAAGAAGGUGAUACGCAUAUUUGGUCAAAUAACCAAAAUUAUGGAAAAUGGCUAUGAGAAAUGUAUUUUCGACACCUGAGUAUAGACAAGACAGAUUGUUGGAGGAAUGGUUGACCAGUUGUAAACAGGGAAACCUUUUAUCAGCACUGAAGAAGCAUUGGAAAACAUUUGUUCUCUGUGUCUAUGGCAACAGUCAUGAUGCAGCUAAAGAAGAACGCCUGGCCAGAAAGUUCUUGUUUCGACCAAUGGAAUAUUUUCUUUGUCAAAAAGAUCCAGAGGUCGUAUUUGAGGAACUGCAGUCCAAGAACAUGCCAUCACAGCUCUGUGGAAAGGUCUUCAAAACAGGAGAACCAACUUAUUCCUGCAGAGACUGUGCAAAUGAUCCCACAUGUGUUCUUUGUAUAGACUGCUUCCAGAAUGGAGCACACAAAAACCAUAGAUACAAGAUGAACACCUCUGGGGGUGGAGGGUACUGUGACUGUGGGGAUCAGGAAGCCUGGACCUCACACCCCUUCUGUGACCUACAUUCUCCCAAGGAGGCCAGCCAGGAUGAGAGGAAUCCCAUCGAGACCCUCCCCGUGGACCUGACAGACAGGGCCAGUGCCCUGUUUAUGGCCACCCUGCGAUACAUCGUAGAGUUAUUGACGUGGAGCCAGUGUGAUAACCUACCAUCUGAUCUACAGCCCGAGGGGGAACUCAGUGAUACCUACAUCACCAUGUUGUUCAACGACGAGGUUCACACUUACGAUCAGGUAAUAAAAACCCUACAGAGAGCUGUCAAACACUGUACAGCACAGCAGGCUCGGGAAUUUGCCACCCUUGUUGACAGAGAGGGUCGAGCCACUGUGUACUCUGGAUGUUUUGCUUCCUGUGAACAAUGUAGAACUAUAAUAGAUCAAAGCACCUCCAGACAUGGAAGUAAGCCCCUGAAGGUUCAAGUGAUGCAUACAGUUGUGGUGGCUCACCAGACCUUCUGCCUUAAACUGAUGGUGUGGCUCCAGAAAAUGAUAGAAAAGUCAGAUGGACUACGUCGAUUGUUUUGUCUCCUGAGUAUGAAGCCCCAGGAAGAUGGCCAGUCUUUGAUGGAGAAACUGCUGCUCCAUGACACACAAUUGUGGAAAGUGGCCAGAAUAUUGAGUCACCAGCUUCUGAUGGCUGGAGUUUUAAUGGAUCAAGAAUGCAAGAAACAGUUUGCUGUUAUUUUCACAAAGCAUUAUUCCAUGCUAAUGUCGGAGUUUUUGCUGGACACCCAUUAUCGCCCAGUCUCGAUUACCUCUCUCUCUGUUCAAAUUUUUGCCGUAGGAACAGUGGCCCGGAUGCUGGUAACAGAUCACGAUUUGUUGAACGUUAUUCUUGUCCCUUUCCUGGAAGCUUGUCAGGAAAAGAUUAAUGCUCAUGGUGUCCUUUCUUUAAAUAAAGCAGAGCGGACCCCUUCAUUCAAGCGAGCUUGCUUUAUGCUGUAUGAUCUCAAGUAUGCGCUGAUCUGUAAACCUGGGCCUGAUGAGUGGAAUGACAAACUAAGGGACAGCUUUCUCAGGGGACAUGAGUCUUUCCUAAGACUUCUGAAAAUUAUGCAGGGUAUGGAUGAAGUGAAGCGACAGACAGGGAUGCACCUGGAGUAUGAACCUGAGUGGGAGGGAGCGUUUAACCUCCAGAUGAGGGUCGAUGAUGUCAUCGCCUCCUUUACAGAAUGGUGCAGCACUGAUAGGACUGUAUUUAUAGAAGCUUACAAGAAAGCUGCCCAGAUGUUAUUAGAGUGUAGAGACACAGCUCAGAAAUCAGAACAGCAGACAGUUUGUGGACACACUGUGAAGUGCAUUAAGUAUGACAUUCAAACUCAGCCUGUCUCCAUUCAUCUCCCUCUCUCAAGAUAUCUUGCAGGUCUUCUUGUCAAUAUGGGAAAAUUCAACCUGCAGUUUGGAUGUCCAGAACUGAGUGUCAAGAAUCUGGACCCUGUGAGGAUGAUUGAGCCACCAUUGAGAGUACAAGUCAUGAUUGCUCAGAGCCAAGCUGGACUUUGGAGAAGAAAUGGAUAUGCACUUCUCAACCAGAUUUAUUUUUACCAUAAUGUAAAGUGUAGACAGGAGAUGUACGACAAGGACAUCAUGAUGCUUCAGAUUGGAGCUUCAGUUCUGGAGAGUAAUGAGUUCCUGAUUCAUUUACUGAACAGAUAUGGACUACUGGUUUGGAUCAAACCGGAAUAUGAUGUGCCCACAGGACAAGAUGACAAUGUACGCCAGACUAUCAUGUUAGCUGAGGAAUUUCUUAACCUGGUGCUUAUUAUAUUAGGUGAGAGAUAUGUUCCUGGACUAGGGCAGGUGACAAGGGAGGAUACUCUUAAAAGGGAGAUAAUCCAUCUCUUGUGUAUUUCUCCCAUGUCCAACAGUGAGCUGUCCAAGCAUUUACCAGAUAAUACCAGUAUGGAGGCAGGCAUUGAGGAUUCUAUUCAUGCAGUUGCAAACUUUAGAAAACCAGCCUCCACCAUAGGAACAGCGGGAUCUGGAAAGUUUGAACUGAAGAAAGAAUGUUACAAAGAAUUCAAUCCCUAUUUUUACCAUUUUUGUCGAACUGACCAAUCACAGGCAGAAGAGACACAAAUUAAAAGAAAGAAAGAAGAAAAGUCUGAAAGUCAUGCCCUGCCUCCUCCCGUCCCUCCACGUUUUACCCCCCAAUUUGAGAGGAUCUCCAACCUGCUCCAGUGUGAUAUCAUGGUGCACAUCCUCAGCCUCAUCCUACAGAGGAGUGUGGCGAACCGAUCACGGUCCUGGUCUGAGACGCAACUCGAUAGGGUUUUGCAUUUGAUUGGAUUAGCUCUUCAUGAACAAAGGCGAAAUAUUCAAGAUGGGCAUCAUGGCUUUGAUUUCAUGGACAAGGCUUUAAGAGGUGAACCUAACUUGAUGCAGUUACUAGAAUCAUUAGUGGCUGAUCCCAAGAAUAUCUCCCAUGAUUCAACCAAGGACUUGUUGUCGUGGAUUCUAAAGAAGUUUGUUGAGGUGAGGCAGAUGACAAGCUCCUCAGAGGCUCACAGUUCUUUUGAACAAGUCAGCUCCACUAGCAAGGAGGAGAACGAAGCUGCCAAGAAAAGAAAAGCCAGGCUGGCAGCCAAAAGGAAAGAGAAAAUUAUUGCCAAAAUCUCCCAAAUGCAACAGAACUUCAUCCGAGACAAUGCUGAUUUGUUUGAGUCGACGGAUGCUGAUACAUCCCUCACUCGUGGUGCUUCAGAAAUGGACAUCAGUGAGAGUGCACAUCAUGAAUCCCCUGUGGCCCUUGGCAAGUACUUGAGUACUCCAUGUAGUAUAGGCAUCACCAAGGCAACCUGCAUUCUGUGUCAGGAAGAACAGGAAAUCUCCCACAAUUCAAGAGCCAUGGUGCUGGCAGGAUUUGUGCAAAGAUCAACUGUGAUGUCCCAAUGUAAAAACAAAGAGUUUCCUGAUGGUGAAAACUUUGAUCCUCUCUUCACAAGUUCAGAUCUCUUUGUGGGAACUUUUACUAACUCCUGUGGUCACACAAUGCAUGCUGACUGCUGGCAGAGUUUCUUCCAAGCCAUUCUAGUCAAGGAGAGGCGUCGCCUGUCGCGGAUCCCCCACUCCCUGAGUUAUAACAUAGUACAGCUAGAGUAUCUGUGUCCUCUCUGUGAGAGCCUAAGCAAUACUGUGAUACCCCUGAUACCACCUCUACAUACCCUGGUCUCAGACAGUGAUAUAAGCAGUGUAGAUUUGGGUUUUGGAGACUGGUUGGAUGGGUUGCAGAAAACAGUAGAAAAGUCAACUAAACAAGACACAAGUGCCAGUAAAGAUGACCCCUUUCCUCUUCUGCCCUGUCCACUGAGCAGUAUUACCAAACUGAUGGCCGACAGCGUGGCCAGCAAUUUCCAGUUACUGUGGCAUUACGUCAGCAAUACAUCAGGUGGUCGAUUCAGUGAAAGUUUGGUGGAAAUGAUGAAAAAGUUUGCAAAAGAUGUUUACUCAUUUGGUUUGAGUGUAGAUCCAGACGACGUCAACUCCAGGAUCCCAAUCAUGGCUUGGAAUACGUGUGCAUACACAAUUAUCAACCUGGAGCAAUACCUGAGAGAUGAGAUGAAGCCUUUGUUUGGUACCUCCCCCUCCAGAAACAUAGACUGUAUCAAUGCCCUGGUCAAGUUUGCUGCUGUGUGUGGUCAGGUCAUGCCCCAGGAAGUCAUUAAGAAGCAUUGCCUGAGACUACUGUCAGGGUUACUAACAAGAGGCUUAGAGAAGGGUAAAGAUCCCCAGUGUAUACUGGACAUUGACCUCUUCCACUACCUCACCGCAGUCACCAUGGCACUACCCAGUCUGUACACAGAGGGAGGGGCAUCCAGCAGUCUGCCACUGAACAGCCUGAACAACCAGUACAUACUACAGCUGGUCCUGACCGCACACGUGGUACAGGCCAUGCUGCUGUAUGAUAAACCAACCGAGGGGGAGGAUCAAGCUGACAUGGAAAUGGAAAGUGAUGUGGAGUCCAUUGCCCUCAUGUCUAUUUAUACAGAGAUCAGGAGAAAAGCUGGAUGUCUACCACCCAGUAAUUCAGACCCCUUACCAUGGCAACUGUCCAAACACAUACAUGAUGCUGUCCUGCCAUUUUUGAGAUGUUCCACGGUAUUGUACCACAAUCUGACAGGGGUCCCCAUCCCAGCCAGGCUUCAGGACUGGACAGAGGAGAUGGAGCCAUUCUGUUCCUACCUCUCCCUGCCAGCUAACUUCUCAGAACUAUUCCUCAACCAGGGAGAUCUACUGGACGGAUUACUCAAUCAAUGGUGCAGUAGUGAGAUCCUGAGGUCAAGGUUAUCCUCCGCUACAUCUCAGUCCCUAGUGUCUUAUCCUCUACCUGUCAAUCAUCUAAUUGAUCUACCAGAUGACUACAGCCAACUGAUCAAUCAAAUCUCCUCAUUCACAUGUCCCAGUUCUAAUGGCAAUGACAGUCAGCUUCCCACCAUGUGUUUGGUGUGUGGGGUCGUUGUAUGCUCUCAGAGCUACUGUUGUCAGACGGAGGUCAAGGACACCAAAGUAGGCGCGGCCACGGAGCACACACUCAGGUGUGGAGCCGGCGUGGGGAUCCUCCUUAGGGUUCGAGAGUGUCAGAUCGUUCUCUUAGCUGGAACUAAAGGUUGCUUCAUCCCAGCUCCUUAUGUUGAUAGUUAUGGAGAGACAGAUCAAGGCUUAAGAAGAGGCAACCCUCUCCAUUUGUGUAAAGACAGCUACAAAAAUUUACAGAAGAUGUGGUUCACACAUUGUAUCCCAGAGACAGUGGCCCACAACAUAGAAUCUCAUAUGAACUUGAUGAGCAUUCAUUGGCAGCAUCUUUGAUGAUAGCUGACUGUAUAGGUAGUGGCCAGAAAGUCCAUGAUGUCGUAGAGAAUCUACAGCCAGAGGGCAUAGGUAGAAGAAAACCUUUAGCCAUAUGAGAAAAAGAAUUUAAAAAAGGGCGUGCACAGGGACAAGUUAAAAAAUCAGUCAUUCUAUGUUAUUUCUACUUUAAAAUUGGUGUGAUGGCAUUAUUUUAUGUUAUUUCUCUUGCUAAUUCUGUUAAUUUUAUGUGAAAAGCAAUUUGGUGAAGAGAAUGGAUGCAGAUUUCUGUUUCUUUUUUAAUAAGGUAAUGUAUAUGUACAUGUAUAUUGAUGUAGAGAUUAUUGCAAAAAUGAAAAUGUUCCAAUAUGAUGAUUUACAUACCAGUAAAUUCCUUAUGUGAAGGACUAGUAGUAAAUUUUGAUAUGUACAUACAUAUACAUGUAUACUUCUAAAUUAAUUACCUAGAGCUGUUCAUUCAGAAAAAAAUAAUGAUACUGAAAAUAUUGAAGCCUACAAUCUUUCAAUAUUUCACGUAUAUAGAAAGCAUCGUGUUCAGUGAUACAUAUCAAAUAACCGCCUCAGGAGGUAGGAAAACCAGAUUUCCUGGAUUGUUGCUUAUAUAAGUAGUUUUUUUUUUAGUUUUUGUUUGGGCCUUGGCUGCAAGUUUUCUCAACUUUUUACAUUCAGAUAUGCUGUCAAUCAAACAGUUCUAUGAUAUUAAAAAAACAAAACACUGAAAAGAUAUUCCAGUUGUGGUUAAAGUAAAUGUUUACUUAUAAUUCUCUUUUUAAAAAGUGCUGAAAAAUAAUGUGCAAUCUGUUUCUGAAGAUUCCUGAACAAUUUCUUUGUCAAUUUUUCUUUAUUUAUGUCACUAGUUUUGGUUCAAGAGCAUCACUAGUUUAUAUGAUUUACUUUUUGUCAUGAUUAGCAAGUGUAUAUUUCUCAAUUGUUUAAUGGAAUGUUAAUUUUUUUUCUCAUUAGUGCUUUUUUGUUGAAGGUUUUCUUUGUUGAUGUAUAUAUAUAUAUAUUACUCUUUAUUAUAAACAAGUCAAUGUAAACACGGAUAUUUAUGUGUGUUGUUUUAAUUACCAUCAACCAGUAGCGUUUACCAAAUGCAAAAGGACUGUAUUUCCUUGAUACCAGUAUAUUUAUUGUUUAUGCAGAGUACAGCAUGUCUGAAGGAACGGGAUUGUGAAAAGAUAUUAAUAUGAAUGUUAUUAUUUUUUAAUUAGUUACAUUUAAUCACUCUGAUGCACACAUUUCUACAUUUACUGUAUCUGAUGCCUCGAUUCUCACUCCUUGAGACUGAUAAUAUUCAUAUUUGUCAAGCCUUUUUAUAUAAUGUUUGUUAUUAAAAUUAGGAGAGCAAAAUAUCUCUUUUAUUUCAAUAUAAGUUUUGUCACUAUAUAUGUAUAUUAUAUCAAAAAGCUGUUGAGGAUUGAUUUUAUUUAAAUACAAGCUUCUUAAUGUGCAGAUUAAUUAGCAAUAUACUUCUUAUAUAUCUUUAUAAAAUUGUGUUGUUGAUGGUUUAUGGGGAUGUUGAAAUUGAAUAAUUUACCCUGACAGCACUAUUAGCUCUGUGGCAAUUGUAUUUGCAAAAGGUCAGUCAUAUAUGUGUAUGAAGAAAUGUGUACAAUGUAAUAUAAACAAAAAAGGCCUAAAACAUGAGUGAGUUUUUGGGUAUAAUCGAUUUCAGUAAUCACUAAUGAUGUAAAUUCUAUAACCAUUGAUAUAAUUAGGGAAAAGCUGUCUUCUUGUUUGUUAUUUGUCACUAUUAAUGCCAAUUUGUUUGUUGCAAACAGUUUCUAUGGGUAAGGAGUCAUCAAAAUGAUUUACAGAACAGUUGCAUUAGGAUGUUGCAUUCCAAAGUUCUAUUUUAUCCAUUAAAGCAAUAUGAGCUGCAUUUUUGAGAAAUUUUGCUGGUUAAAUGUGUUAUUAUGAUUAUUCUGUAUGUAAUCUAAACUCUUAUGAUCAAUAAGACCAAUAUGAAGUUUUUAAAAUGUUUCAGAAGAAUAUUUCUGUACAACCGAAUAUAUAGUAUUAUAUAAGAAAUCAUUAUUGUAUAGGACGACAAUAAUUCAAUUUUGCUUCAAUCAAAGCUUAUAAAAAGUUCUUCAUAGCAAAUAUGAACAACAGAAGUUUAUAAAUCUUCUAUUUUUCUGUCAUUGAAAUAGUUAAUCACAAAUUUGCGACAUUUUUUUCUGAUGUCAAACAUGCAGCUCAUAUUGCUUUAAUGAUAUAAUUGCAUCAACUACCUAAUGAUACAUCUUAUAAUAACAAAAAUAACACUAUUCAGGUAAACAAUGUUUUUUACUCUAAAAGAUGUAAUGUUGGUUUUAAUUAAAUAAAUUAAUAUCCACUCAUAAUAAAAAUGAAAGUAAUUUUGAUUGGUUAUGGUUAUGAUAUACCUGGUACGUAUAUAUAUCAUUUAUGGAUUUGCAUCAUCAGUAGUUACUGAAAUAGAUGACAUGCUGGUAAAUUUCUUGAAGAAAUUGUCUUGCAAUUGUACAUUAAGGUAGCUGGGAUUUUUAUUGUUGCUUCAUGCACGAUAAAGCUAUAACUAUGAAAUUUAUAUUUUGCAAAGCAAAUUGUUGUAUGCAUUGUCUACAGUACCUUUCUUAACAUUGUCUUUGAUUUGUAAAUUAUAAUAUUUCAACACAACUGGCUUUGAAAGUGUUAAAUUUUAACUGGGCUUUCAUGAUGAUAGAUUCAUGUGUAUAUACACAUAUUAAUGUCAAAUACUGAUGGAUACUGAUUUACAGAUAACCAGCACUGUGCUGAUACAAAUACAAAAACCGUCUCUCAAUAAGUUUAGAACAGAGUACGUACAUUUUGCAUGUAGUUAAAAUGAUAUACAUUAAAUGAUAUGAAAGAU